AUGAUUCUUGACCAUCUAACAAUGGAAUCUAGUCAGGCCCCAUCAUACAUGGAAACUGUGCAAGUGACAUCUUCGACUACCUCUAGUAUCCAUGUAGCCUGGGAGAUCAACCAAGACACCAGUGCUCAUGUAGAGGGUUUUCGUGUCCACUACCAGAAAGUUGCCAGCACUUAUAUACAGUAUGGACCAAUGCUUUCAGCAUCAAUAGGACAAUAUAGCAUACAGAACCUAGUGGCAGACACAUACUACAAAGUAUGCCUUGUAAUGUAUCGUAACGAUACCCAGCCAAUUCGUGAGUGUGUGGACGCAUCCACAACUAACUGGCAUAUCCCUGUAUCGAUCGGCAGCAGUAUUGGCGCCAUCCUGGCACUAUCUAUGAUUGUGCUUGUUGUUCUUGUGUCCAGAUGUCCGUCAGUGGUCAAGUGGCGUGGUAAACAGUACAAAAAGUCACAGAAGUAUGACAGCAUGUCAUCGCAUUACCAUGAUGACCAUUUUGAAUUUAGUGAUACUGCCACACAUGGACAUGAUGAUGAAUUUGUAUCAGAAAUAGAACCAUGUAAUGAAUACUCAUUUGAAAAUGUUCAGAACAACUGUCAUUUGAAGGAACAUCGAAACACUGACAAAAUGUGUAAUGGGAACAGAAAUCAUGUUCCCAGCAUUUCUCACUCACAGCAGACCAAGUACAUGGGAGCACGACCCAAGGUCUUUAUUCCCAGUCACUACUCGCAUCAUUCCUACCAUGGUCAUCACCCCACCUCAAGCCUUGCACAUUCCAUUGAACGUCAGCAAAGCCUCGAUCUUGGUCACAGAGAAGACCUGAAUCACAACCAUCACCAUCAUUCUGGUGUGCAUCACCACCAUCACCACCAUCACAACACUGGAGUGCACCAUCAUCAGAGUUCUGGAGGGAAUCACCACCAUGGUACUGGGGUGGCUCUAACAAGUCCAGUGCAGUCAUAUGGGCCAGCUGAGCUAGAGUCUAACUCUGCAUACAAUCACAGAGAUGAAGAUAGGGAGGAGACGGUCUAUAGUGAGGCUCGUGCUUCUAGUCCACCACACACAAUACUGCAAAGUGCAACAGACUAUGAAAUGAAGGAGAUCAAAAAGGCAGGUUCUCCAGAAAAUAGUGUUGCUGGAAUUGUAGAACGUGAUGGCCAAGAGGAACACAGACUAUAG